UCGUACCUCAAAGAGCUACACUUACAAUGAACACGUACCACCACCCGUCGACGCAGCACUACCACCUCGGCACGGGCUACUCACCGCGCACGGAUGCGAUGCUAAGCUCGGCCGUCGCGCCCUUCCUCGCGACGCUCUACGAGAUCCUCACCAAGGAGCACCCGAGCACGAUCUCGUGGUGCCAUGACGGCAAGGCGUUUGUCGUCUACGACUACGACGCGAUGGAGAGCCACAUUCUGCCCACGUACUUUCGCCACAACAAGUUUGCGAGCUUCCAGCGCCAGCUCAACUACUUUGGCUUCCGCAAAUUGCACAAGGCCAAGGAAAACGACUACAGCUCCGUGUAUUGCCAGCCCAACUUUGUUCGGGACGACCCGAACCGGAUGCUCCUCAUCAAGCGCAAGACGCACCGCCCCAAGGCCACGACGCCGCGCAACGGCGCCGACAAUGUGAUUGCGAUCCCGAUCCUUGUCCGCUCCCGUUCGGCGUCCGAGCCGCCGGCCGCGACGACGUCAGCUCCGGCGCUCUCGCGCAGCCACUCGGCGCCACUGCCCGCGUCGUCGUCAGCCUUCAACUUUUCGUGCCCGGGGGACGCCGACUUUGUCCCGAUGUCGUACGGCCGGCCGCAGAGCCUUCCGCCGGCCGAGGACUUUGAGACCAAGGUCGCGCUCGAGUUUGCGGCCAUGCAAAUGUACUCGUGGCACAGCAACACGCUGCCGAGCCCGUGCGACGUCGAGGCGGUCUUGCAGCCGAUUCCGUUUGACGCAAAAAAGGGCGACGAGCCUUUUGAAUUUUCCCCCGAAGACCUCGACCUCAUCUCUGCCUUUGACCCUUUUGCUGUUUAA